UGACGUCCAAACAAUGGCAGUCUUCUGUAUACGACAAAUUCCAUUCCUCUUUGAUUCCUCAGCUUAUCGUUGGAACUAAUUUAAUCGGAUAAAAUAACACUUUUGGUUCCAAAAUAGUCAUCAGGAUGUUCCGAAACACGUAGUGUUAACAGUGAGUUAUGGCUUUCUUGUGUCCCGUUCGCAUACGGCGAGGUAAAAAGAAGAAACCAAUUGGUAGCGAUAUCGAUAAAGACCUGUCAAGCAGUUUAGGUCUGAACCAUGGCAUGGGCCGUAUUACUGGUUCAGCCAGUAUCGAAACGCUGGUACGUGUGGGAAUCGAAAAGGAGCACGGUCUUAGCCCGGACAGUAAAAUGGUGGUCUUGCAUGACUUCACUCCAUGUGUAGACGACGAGUUGGAAGUAAAACGAGGACAGAUUGUAAACAUUCUGUACCGAGAGAAUGAUUGGGUAUAUGUGAUUGGUCAGGACACCAGGCAGGAAGGUUUCAUUCCGCAUUCAUAUUGUGCACCAUUCAACACGCAGCUGGCUGACUUGGCCAUUAAAAAGAAACUGCCACGUGACAUUUCUGUCGGUUUGGCUAAUAAUGACCUGACGGAUGGUAUACCGGACAUAAACAUUGACGUGAUUGAUGAUAGCACACCGGGACUAGUCGGACUGACAAACUCCCUCAAACACUCGCAGGCGAGUCUUAGCUCAGAGCCUGAUUUCUUGCCAUUUUCCAAGGACCCCAGUGGUCGUUACAUUGUUUUAUAUACUUUUAUUGCACGUGACGAAAAUGACGUCUCGGUUGAACGUGGAGAGUUUGUUACAGUGUUAAACCGCGAGGACCCAGAAUGGUUCUGGAUAGUGAGAAGCGAUGGUCAGGAGGGCUUUAUACCGUCAGGUUUUGUCUAUCCAGCAGAGAAUAUUCUACAGGGCCAAACAAAACAGAACAUGCCUGGAGGGAACGGAACCAGCAAUGCGGUUAAUGGGGGUACCAAUGAUGUCAAUACAAACAUGACGCAGAUGAACACUGGGAUAAAUAACCUUGGAGGAAACGGUGGAUCUAACCAGCCACAGCAGCAACCUGGAAUCGGGUCCGAUGAUCUGAGGUAUCAUGGAACGGAGCUCGUUAUGUUAUAUGAUUAUAAGGCUCAAGCUCCCGAUGAUUUGUCUGUCCGACGUGGCGAUUGGAUCUAUGCGGAUCUCAAUAACCAAACCGUCGAUGGAUGGCUCUGGGCAUAUGCACCGAAAACACGAAAGUAUGGUUUCAUUCCCAAAGCAUAUGCUCGACCACCAGCCAUGACAAGUUUGUAACGAACGCGAGGAAACAUGAAGGAAUUCGUUUUAAUAUUAUUUUUAAAAAUCGUUUAUUUUUUGUUUAUGGCAGAACGCAUUUCAAAUGUCUAAAUGGUCGGUGUUAAGUUAGACCGGACUAAGUCGCAUUAUCUUAAAAAAUGAGAUGAUUGCAAAAUUUCUUUAGCUUCAUUUUACUUUUACCAGAUUUGAAAUAUGUUAUAAUAAUUAUGACAAACAUUAGUUUCGAAUUAUAAUGUAAAGGAUGCUGCGAUUCAAACUUUAAACUCGUUUUUCUCGAAAUCAAUACCAUGUCACUUAGUUCGGUCUGACUUAACACCAACCAAAUGUUGUACUUCUCCUCUAUCAGACUGUAAGAUAAGACUAUUAUCGAAUCUUUUAAAUAUCUGUGGCAUGUGAAGACAUGUCAAUGUACUUAAUCAAAACAUUAUACACAUACAAUACUCUAUUAGAAACUAAUAAUUUUAUUAUAUUUUUAUACAUGAAAUAAAAGUAACAUUUUAUAGUAA